AAUCCUAAGAUAAGAGCAUUGACGUUAACAUGGAAAAUUUGGAAAGAAAAUCAAAGUAAAGAUUUGAUGGUGACGUUAAUAAGCAACAUUGACCGCACACCCGGAUCCGAAUGCUCCGUCUGAUUUUAAACGUUCUUUCUUCUUCUUCUUCUCCUUCUGCUCUGCAUUUAUAGAAUAAAAUAAUUUAAAGCUUCAACAAAAGAAUUUCAGAUCCUCUCUCUCUCUCUCUCUCUCUCCCUCGUAUUAUAUCUGCAUUGUGUUUCUCGUUGAUCCAUUUACAAAAGCACCUGCGAGUUGAUUGGUGUUUUAAGCAUUAGUGAUAAAGUUUGAAAUUUAUGAGGAAAGAGAAGGGGGAGAGCACAAAUGGCAGGGAGCCAAUCUUCAGAUUCCAGUGAGAAUGAAGAACAAACACAGGUUCGGGAACUAUGUGCCAAUGGGAUUUGUAUGAAAACAACUGAAGUUGAAGCGAAACUUGAUGAGGGAAAUAUUGAAGAGGCAGAAUCUUCUUUAAGAGAAGGGUUACAACUUAAUUUUGAGGAAGCAAGAGCCCUUCUUGGAAGGCUAGAAUAUCAAAGAGGAAAUGUUGAAGGUGCCCUUCGUGUUUUUGAUGGCAUUGAUCUACAAGCAGCCAUAGAAAGAUUACAACCACCCAUUUCUGAGAAACAGCCUCCUAAAAAGGGUCGCACUCGCAGUGAUGCACAAAUUGUGGUUUCACAGCAUGCUGCUGGCUUGGUCCUCGAAGCAAUAUACUUAAAAGCCAAGUCUCUUCAAAAACUUGGGAGAUUAAGUGAUGCUGCUAAUGAAUGUCAAAACGUCCUUGAUGCUGCAGAGAAGAUAUUCCAGCAGGGCAUACCUGAUGUCCAAGUAGAUAAUAGAUUGCAAGAUACAAUUAAUCAAGCUGUAGAGCUCCUUCCAGAGCUCUGGAAGCAGGCUGGCUGCUAUGAGGAAGCUACGUCUGCUUAUAGACGUGCUCUCCUCAGUCAGUGGAAUCUUGAUAAUGAAUGCUGUGCAAGAAUUCAGAAAGGAUUUGCAAUUUUUUUACUGCACAGUGGAGUGGAAGCUGGCCCACUCAGUCUAGCUGCUCAGAUUGAUGGUUCAUAUGUACCUAAACAUAAUCUGGAAGAGGCAGUUUUACUUCUGAUGAUUCUUAUCAGGAAAUUUUACCUUGGUAAAACCGAAUGGGAUCCAUCAGUUAUGGAACACCUCAUGUUUGCCCUAUCUCUAUGCAGCCAAACAUCUAUUCUAGCAAAACAACUUGAAGCAAUCAUGCCUGGGGUAUUUCAUCGUGUUGACCGUUGGAAUAAUUUAGCUCUUUGUUACUGUGGAGCAGGACAAAAUAAUGUUGCUUUAAACUUAUUGAGGCACUCUUUACACAAACAUGAACGACCCAAUGAUGUCAUGGCAUUGUUGUUGGCUGCCAAGAUUUGUAGUGAGGAUCCUCAUCUUGCUGCAGAAGGAGGGGGACAUGCACAAAGGGCAAUCGAAAAUGCUGUGGGGAUUGAUGAACAUUUAAAAGGUGUGGCUGUUCGCAUGCUGGGUCUUUGUUUGGGAAAGCAAGCUAAAGUUUCUUCCUCUGACUUUGAAAGGUCUCGUCUUCAGUCUGAAGCAUUGAAAUCAUUAGAAGGCGCGGUUGCUUUUGAGCCAAACAAUCAUGAACUGAUUUUUGAGCUAGGAGUUCAAUAUGCAGAGCAACGAAAUUUGAAUGCAGCUUUACGCUAUACAAAGCAAUUCAUUGAUGCUACUGGUGGCUCCAUAUUAAAAGGUUGGAGAUUGCUAGCGCUGAUUUUGUCUGCUCAACAGCGAUUCACGGAGGCUGAGGUGGUCAUUGAUGCUGCUUUGGAUGAGACUGCAAAAUGGGAGCAAGGACCAUUGCUCAGGCUAAAAGCAAAAUUGAAAAUCUCCCAGUCUCUGCCUAUGGAUGCUAUUGAAACUUAUCGUUACCUUCUUGCUUUGGUUCAAGCUCGGAGGAAAUCUUUUGGUCCUCUGAGAAAUAUUUCUCAGGUUGAUGAUGAAAAGGUAAAUGAAUUUGAAGUUUGGCAUGGUCUAGCUGAUUUAUACUCUAGGCUUUCACACUGGAAGGAUGUGGAGGUAUGCCUGGGAAAGGCCAGAGGAUUGAAACAGUACGCUGCAGAAUUGCUUCAUACAGAAGGAGUUAUGCAUCAAGGUCGUGGGGAACUCCAAGAAGCUAUUUGCAGCUACACAAACUCUCUUUUCCUUGAACCAUCCUUUGUCCCUUGCAAGAUAGUGAUUAGUUCCUUGUUAUCCAAGAUGGGCCCUGAUGCAUUGCCUGUUGCUAAAAGCAUACUCUCAGAUGCAUUGAGGAUAGAACCUACAAAUCGCUUGGCUUGGUAUCACUUGGGGCUGGUCCAUAAAGACGAUGGACGGAUGGCUGAUGCCACAGACUGCUUUCUGGCGGCCUCCAUGCUCGAAGAAUCUGAUCCCAUUGAAAGCUUCAGCUCUGUUCAAUGACUGGCUGCAGUUCAUUUAAAGUAUAUCAAUCACUUUCUUAUCAACUAAUACUUCAGUUAUUCACUGGGUUACUUUUAUUCUUCCCUCCGAUUUGCUAUUUUGGAUACUUUUCCUACUUUUACUUUGAGGCUUGGCAGUCCAUGAUCACAAAAGAAUAGCAGAAGUGAGAGUGAAAUUAAGAAGAGCAGAGUGAAAUUUUUUAAUAUGAUUUCAUUGUAGCAUUGAUUUAUUAGAGCGCUUAAACUAGUGGUGCUAUUUAAUAAUAUAAUGUUUGACUGAUCUGCAA